AUGAGCCUCACGAACCCGCCAUCAAGCGCAACCGGCCCGGGCUCAGUCUCCGCCGUGAGGAGUCAGGCACUAAAGAGGAGUGUACAGGCUGCCUUUGAAGAUCCGGCGGAUCGUGGUAUCGGGCCCAUGAGCUACCAGAGCAAGGUCCGAGUGACAGACAAGUACAAGGUCAUCGGCUUCAUCAGUAGUGGCACCUAUGGCCGGGUCUACAAGGCGCUCGGUCGUCAUGGCCAGGUGGGCGAGUUCGCCAUCAAGAAGUUCAAGCCCGACAAGGAGGGCGAGCAGGUCACGUAUACGGGCAUCUCGCAGUCGGCCGUCCGGGAGAUGGCGCUGUGCUCCGAGCUCAACCACGCCAACGUGAUCCGCCUGAUCGAGAUCAUCCUGGAGGACAAGUGCAUCUUCAUGGUCUUUGAGUAUGCCGAGCACGACCUGCUCCAGAUCAUCCACCAUCACACACAGCAACCCCGCCAUCCCAUCCCGCCAACCACCAUUAAAAGCAUUAUGUUCCAGUUGCUGAACGGCUGCCAGUACUUGCACACCAACUGGGUGCUGCACCGCGAUCUCAAACCGGCCAAUAUCAUGGUCACCUCGGCCGGUGAGGUCAAGAUCGGCGACCUCGGGCUGGCCCGUCUGUCGUACAAGCCACUACAGAGCCUCUUCAGUGGCGAUAAGGUUGUCGUCACGAUAUGGUACCGUGCGCCCGAACUACUGCUCGGGAGCCGGCACUACACGCCCGCAAUCGACAUGUGGGCCGUGGGGUGCAUUUUUGCCGAGCUGCUCUCUCUCCGGCCGAUCUUCAAGGGGGAGGAGGCUAAGAUGGACAGCAAGAAGACAGUCCCCUUCCAGCGGAACCAGAUGCAAAAGAUUGUCGACAUCAUGGGCCUGCCCACCAAGGAGCGCUGGCCGCUCCUGACGAGCAUGCACGAGUACUCCCAGCUGGGGACGCUCCAACCGCCCAUGAACUAUGGUCACCACCAGCACGGCCACGGCCACGGCCACCACUACCAAGCCCAGCGGCAAUCUUCUUCCAGUACCGGCGGGAGCCAGCUCGAGAAAUGGUACUACACCACCAUCAACCAGCACGGCACGGGGAACAGCCAGUCACCCCUGGCGAGUCUCGGCAGCGAGGGGUACAAACUUCUCGCGGGGCUGCUUGAGUACGACCCGGAGAAACGGCUAACCGCGGCGGCGGCGCUGCAGCACCCCUUCUUCAGCUCGGGCGAUCCUGUUACUACGAACUGCUUUGAAGGGCUCAAGAUGGAGUACCCCCACCGCAGGGUGAGCCAGGAUGACAAUGACAUCAGGACAGGUUCCCUGCCGGGGACGAAGCGGAGUGGAUUGCCUGAUGACUCGUUGGUCAGGCCGGGGAAGAGGGUCAAGGAGGGCUAA